CCCAACACCCAGAUGGAGCAGAAGAUGGCAUUGGUCAAGCAGAGGACGGCCUUGCUUGAUAGCGGCGGCAGCGAUAGUGACAAGGAUGACGAUUACCACCCGAUGGAUGAUGAGCUCUCUGUUGUUGUCGCGCACCAACCCGUAGCAAUUCCUUGUGGUGAUACAGACGACGACAGCAGCGAGGUUAUUCCCAUAAAAAUGGUGAGGCCAAGGAGAGUGCGAAGAAAUCGAAGAAAGCUUCCUGGUGUUCCUCAAACUGACGAUGCCAAGCACAUUAGCAAGGACAUCCAUAUAACUACUGUAGUAAGGAAUUUCUGAUCAUGGAAAAUUAUAAUCAGC